GAGCCCAGGGGGCCAAGGAAUGGAGAGCGGGGACUGUGCAGGAGCCGGAGCAGCGAGAGAGGCCGGGCUGAAGGAUUUCUCAUUCCCAAACCUUGGCCAGAUGGAGGAGGAGGCUGUGAGGAAGAGGAAGAUGCCCCAGGACACCCAGGCAGACAAGGCGGUGAGGAUGGAGACCAGGGAGGACAAAUCCCCACAACAGAAACUCGAGGAAGAGGCAGAUUUGAGUGGCUGCACAGGGCAGGAAUCCAAGGGGGAGGAAAAGUCCCAGAGAUCCCGCAGGAGGAGGGGCUGCAAACCCAGCCCAGGUUGCUCUGAGGUGAAAGGCUGCACCCUGAGGCAGGAUGGUGGACACAGCUUCAGGCAGAGCUCGGAGCUGGUGGCCCAUGAGCAGCUUCAUGAUGGGGAGAAGCCCUACAAGUGCUUGGAGUGUGGGAAGAGCUUCAGGCAGAGCAGCACCCUGAUCCACCACCGGAUGAUCCACACCGGGGAAUGGGCCUAUGAGUGUGGGGAGUGUGGGAAGGGCUUGAGGUGCAGCUCAGACCUCGUCAUCCACCAACGCAUCCACAGUGGGGAGAGGCCCUACGAGUGUCCCCAGUGUCAGAAGAGGUUUCGGAGCAGCUCCAAUCUCUUCAUGCAUGAGCGGAUUCACACGGAUGAGAGGCCCUUCCGCUGCCCUGGCUGCGGGAAGGGCUUCAAGUACAACUCCCACCUCAUCAGGCACCGGCGCAUCCACACUGGGGAGAGGCCCUACGAGUGUCCCCAGUGUGGGAAGAGCUUCACCCAGAGCUCUCACUUGACCAGACACCAACAGAGCCACUGGUAAGGGAAGCCCUAUAAAUGCCCCAACUGCAGAAAGAGCUUUGUGUAUUGCCCUAACUUGGUCCCCCCACUGGAGAACCCACAUUGGGAAGAGCCCUGGUUAUCCAUGGUCCCUGUGAUCCAUGCUGGGAAGACACCUGUACCUUUACCUGCUUUUGCCACUGAUACGAUGCGGGAUUGAAGAACAUGAGUAUGGCCAUGGCCAUGAUGUUACAUUCACUACAACCUUAGGUUAUUGCCAGGGGCAGUCAAGGGACUCUCUCUCUCCCUGAGGAGAAGGGUGUCCUUUCCAGGCCGGAGGAAAUACGUGGCCAGGAAGAGGCGGUUGUUGAUGUUGUAGUUUUCCCUGUAAAUACUUUUACUUAGCUUUCUGUUAUCAAUAUUGUUUCUGUUCCCAUUUGUUGUUUAUCUCAUUGCUGUUCCCAUUAAAUUGUUCUUAUCCCAGCCCGGGAUCUUUGCCUUUUGUGCUUUCCAUGGGAGAUGGGAGGGCAGCAAGUGGCAGCACAGUUUUAGCAGGAGCAGGAAAUGAGGGAAUCCCAUUCCUGAA